AAUAUGCCGUGACUGAUAAUUUAUGACAUAUUCAGAGUGUGUACUUGAAUAAGAUGAGUGAGAAUGUGCGAAAUUGAUGACGCAUGUAUUUUUCAAUACGGAUGAGUAUAACUGGGCCAGACAAAUGCUGUAUUAAUAUUCGAGUGUACCUUACGUGAAAGGCAGGUAAAUGGUUAAUACAUGUAAGGAAAUGUGAGCUGUUUAAAAGCGGGUAAACAUGUUUGUCGGCGCCAUUUGAUUACUCGCUACCGGAGGAAUAGCGGUUACAAAACUACCUGCAAUUUUGCGACAGCUAGAAGACCUCUGGAAAAUGGUUUCACUUUAUAUGUUGGAACAUGGACACUUCGUUGGAAACGGUACCCACAGGCCAGGAAACGGAACAGGGUAUCACGGCCACGAUGGUAGCUUGUCUGAAGAGGAUAUCAUCUUCAUCGUUUUUAUCAUCUUAUAUAUAAUCGGUUUGGUAGCCAAUGCACUGUCUUUUGCUGCCAUUCUAAAUAUCAAACGAAUAACCGCUAGAAUGAUCCUGAUCUGUAACCUGGCACUGGUAGAUGGCUUGGUCUUUCUUUUCCUGUUACUAAGUGAUUGUGUCCAUGUCAUCUAUGAAUGCCGCAAUUCCAUGGACUUUGUGUUAUUGUCCUUAUUGGAGAUGGCUGGGUUGACCCUUCUGACCCUAGGCUUAGAGAUGUACAUUGCGGUCUGUAAACCCCUGCAUUACUCUUCCUGGAUCACCAAGCGAUGGUCUUGGACCGCCCUCGCACUCAUCUGGGGGUUUGUGGUGGGAAAGCUUUUCAUCCUCAUCUUGUCAAACGUCCAUGACUUUUGUACAUAUGGCGACACCGUGGAGGGUGUGUUCCAAAUCCAGAUUAAGGUACAGUACUACGGGAGCAUACUAAUUUUUGCUACAUGUAUGGCUGCCAGUACUGUAUUUUACAUUCGAAUAUUCCUGGACGUUCGCUCAAACCAGUGGGCUUACGACAAGGCGCGCAGGACGAGCGGAUCUGGGCCCAGUAGGGAGGACCGUCAGCGCCACGUAAAGACGACCAUCACUCUCUUCCUUCUCUACGGCACGCUUGCUCUGUCUUGGGGACCGUGGGUCAUAGCAACGUUCUUGUCGAAUGUGGUCCAAGUCUGCGAUCCUGAAAUCUGCCCUGACGUUUUACUGACCUCCUUCAUCUUGGUUUGGAUCAACAGUUUAUUGGACCCGAUUAUCUACGGAAUUCGACUUCCAGAUAUUCGCCAGGGCUAUCGACGACUUUUUCGCCGAUGCUGCAAGUGCAGACAAAACACGUGGGACUACGAUGCUCCGUACACCUCACGGUCUUGCAACAGCACGCGUAUUAAUUCCACUUCUCUUUGAUUAUUUCUACUUUUGAAUUAAAGGGAACAGUUGUGACUCGAUGUUCCUUCUAGUGAUUUGGUUGUAACAUGUAGCUAUCAAAAAGGUAGUCAUAUGAUGAAGACAAAAACAGCGCUGAUAUCAGAGGCUCGUUUAAGAAAACAUUGAACCCACCAUACAUGUAUGAAGUGUCCAAGAGAAAACCAGAAAUACUUACGCAUGGCACAAUUGUAUAACCGAUUAAAAAAGGUUCGCAUAAGAAGAAAAUAUGGCUGUCGAUUUUUUCUUGAUUUUAAUUCACUCGAUUUUGUCUUUGGUUGUGUCUCAUUGAUACAUUGUUUAUGGUAAUCAAAAACAAUAUGGUCACAUAGUAAGUUAGAAGCUUAGCGUCUGUUCUUGAUAUCCAAGUAAGAGCAAUGUUACGUCACCCUAUUGUGAUCGCCAGCGUUAUAAUUAAAUGAUCAGUUCAUUGUAUGGUGAAGAAUGUGUCAUAAGUCAUACCAUCAUAUUUACGGCACUGGUUAAAUAAGACAUUUAAUCCGACACAUCAAUUAAUAUCUAGCACCAUAUUUUCAGAUGGUAGGAAAAAAAGUCUGCUUCUGCAGGAUGUACAUACCACUGUAUAAAUUAACGUUUGCACAAUUGAAAAUAUAUUCCUUUAUAUCGUUUUUUUCUGUAGUAUUCUGUAAGAAAUGGCUGUAUGGUGUAUAAAUGACUGUUUAAAAUGCAGAAAAUCUCUCUCUCUCUCUCCCUCUCUCUCUCUCUCACACACACACACACACACGUAGCCCACCGGUGCAUUUUUUCUACGAUGUAUUCAUUAUGUAU